AAACUAGGCCAUAAACACACUUCGGUCAGUUUCAGUUGGUUUCAGUCAGUUCAGUGUCGUGAGCGUCUGUGGUGGUCUGUGGAUUUUAAUAUUUCUUACAGUUCUUCGUUUAUUUUAAAUUGGUUUUAUUAUAUAAAUACGUUUUAAAUAUUUGAGGAAUUGCGUUGCAGUGAAUCUUAUAACAAAUUUGGUGAAGGCUUCAAGAAACUCCUGUACUUGUAAGCAGUAAUUGAGUGUUAUUAUAAAACAUGGCACAUUACAAAGGAGCAGCCAGCGAAGCUGGUCGAGCCAUGCAACUGAUGAAGAAGCGAGAAAUUGCGCAGCAAGAGAUAGAACUGCGAAAAAAGAAAAUCGAAGAUGACUUGAAGAUUCAUAACAUAGAGAAUAAGUUUGCGACUCAUUACAAUGCUGUUGAGCAACAAUUAAAGACUUCCACGAUUGGUUUGGUCACAUUGAAUGAGAUGAAAGCAAAGCAGGAGAAUAUAGUGAAGGAACGUGAAAGGAAACUUGCUCAAAAGGAACGUGAAAAAGAGCAGGAAAAGGAAAGAGCGCUAGCGGCGAAGCAGGCAGAAAAGAACAAACAGAAGAGGCAGAUUCAAGCUUUGUCUUUUAAUCUGGACGAAGACGAAGAUAAAGCUGAGAUGUCUUCUGACGAAGACAAUUUCGAAAAAUCCCCAGAGUCAGAAAAUGUGCAAUCUGAUGGCCCCACAAGUAAGAAGAUCAAGAAAAAUCCAGAUGUUGAUACAAGUUUCUUGCCAGAUAGGGAAAGGGAAGAGGAAGAAAAUAAACUUAGGGAAGAAUUGAGGCAAGAAUGGGCUAGAAAGCAGAACGCGUUGAAGGAAGAAGAAAUUGAGAUUACAUUCAGUUAUUGGGAUGGAUCUGGCCAUCGUCGGAGUGUUAUAAUGAAGAAAGGUAAUUCUAUCUAUCAACUUCUUCAGAGAUGUUUAGAAGUUCUGAGGCGUGAAUUCAGCGAGCUUAAAACAGUAAUGGCAGAUCAGUUAAUGUAUGUCAAGGAGGAUCUUAUAUUACCGCACCAUUAUACGUUUUACGAUUUUAUUGUAACUAAGGCACGAGGAAAGAGCGGACCUCUGUUCACAUUUGACGUUCACGAUGAUAUUCGUGUUAUGCACGAUGCUUCUGUCGAAACCGAGGAAUCACAUGCCGGAAAAGUUUUACUUAGAUCAUGGUACGAGAGGAACAAACACAUUUUUCCAGCGAGUAGAUGGGAACCUUUUGACCCAACGAAAAGUUACGACAAGUAUACAGUGUCGGAUAAAAAUAGGAAGAAAGAUAAAAUCUGAUAAAUUCAACGAAUUGUCCAAUUUUGUUUAAAGGAUUCAGAUUCAAAGGACUGUAAAUAUAACCAGAUAAAUAACUUUGUUUCAUCGUACAAUUGAUUCAUUAGAAAACAGAUUGUAAUAUAUAUAUAUUGUAGCUACAUUGUAUUUUUAAGGACUGUGAUUUUAAUUCAUUCAGUCAUGUGAUAAUAUUCAUUUACAUAAUAUUCAUUUACUCGAUUAUGUAGCUCUACUAAAUAGUUUUAAGUUUUCGCGAACAUUUGGAGGGAAAAUAAAAAUACAUGAAUAGUUUAA